GUUUUCUAGGCUUUUAUACUUUCAUUUUCUUGUUGAGCCUUGCUGUUUCUGGUGCCCAAAGGAGCAAAGCUUAUUCAGACCCCAAAAAGAAGAGGUAGCAAAGCUAACUCUAUGAUGAGUUCUUGCAGCAGAAGAAGAGAGGAUGAAGGCUCUGAAAAUCCAGGCUUCUACAAGUGUGUUGAUUACUCAGUUCUUUCAACAGGGAAGCUUAAAAUCCCCCAAGAUUUUUGUGAGAAUUUUGAAGUAAAGGUGCCUCAUCAGUGCAACCUUGAGACUUUUUCUGGAUCUUGGCUUGUUGGUUUGAAAAGGAUUAGUGGAGAGUUCUUCUUCAAAAAGGGUUGGAGGGAAUUUGUAGAUGGAAAUUGUUUGAAACUAGGUGAAUAUAUAGUCUUGCAGUACAUUGGACAUGCAAAGUUCAAUGUUGAAAUUUAUGGGCUCAAUCACUGCAAUAAGGUGUCAAGGGCUAGGAAAAGUGACAGGCUUCUUGAUGAUCAUGAUGUGAUUAUUGUGGACUCUGAUUCAGAUUCUGAAAUUGAGUUUCCUAGUAAGUUUCUUUAUCAACUGACAAACUUAAUUUAA